UCAGCAUUUUACCUACAAAAAUACAAGUCGUAGGUAGAAAUCAAAGCAAUUGAGAAAUCAACGGUCAAUGCAUAAGUGACCCCGUCCUUAGAUCAGAAAAUCUUUGAAGGAAAAAAGAAAAACAGAAAUCUCCUCCUGGUGAGAGUUCAAAAUGAAUGGAACAAAACCGAAUGGCAAAGAUCAAAUUAGGAACGACGAAUACGAGAUUGAUGAUAAACUUUAUACCAACGGGUUUAACAGCAUAUUUGAAACAGGCAGUAAUAGCAGUAGUUGCAGUGAGAUAGAAGAAAUCGAUGAAGAUAAUAGUAAUAACUCAAGUAUCCGGAGAGAAACAAACAGAAUUGGAUUUCUUUCAUUUAACGAUAAGCACCGUGGGAUACCAGCAACAAUCGAGGAAGGAUCGUUUGAAGGAGUUAGUGUAACUUCAUCUUUAUCUGGAGCACAAAAUAUAUAUGUAGCAGUUGGAGGGAAAUUGAAUUCCAGCUUGGAUGCACUCAGAUGGACUUUGAGACAUCAUCCCUCGACGAUGAGAACCAUCAAUCUUAUUCAUGUCUUUCCUGAAAUCAGCUUUAUUCCGAGCCCAUUUGGUGGGAAAGUUCCUAAAGAUCAAGUGACUCCGCAGGAGUUGGAAAACUACAUGUCCCAACAAAGCCAUAAGAGAAGGGAAUUCCUUCAGAAAUUCUUGGAUGUCUGCUCUGUUUUUAAGGUUACAGUAGAGACGCUGUUGAUCGAGAGCAACAAUGUAACGAAGGCUGUGGCAGAUCUCAUUCUCAUACUCAACAUUAAGAAGCUAGUUGUCGGCACUUCUAAAUCCAGUUACAAAAAGUUGAAGAAAGCAAACGGAAUUGGAGAUCAGAUACUCAAAAGUGCAUCAGAUACAUGUGAUAUUAAGAUAAUAAACAACGGCAAGGAACUAGCAAUCACCGAGGAGACAACGACACCGGCUGGUGAAUCCCCUGCAUCCACUCCAAGGAGCAAUAGCGGUGUCAUUGAUGAGACCAAGACAAUAACAGUUAAUAGUCAAUCAUCGGCAUCCUCUUCGCAACGUAACAGCAGACCCUCUUCACGUCGCAACAGCAGCAACAAUGUUCUUGCUGAUUUUUACCUUGACGACCUUGUAAAAGGCUCAGGCUCCCUUUCUCCAUUUAGCUGCUUUGCUUCAAAAUUCUGUCUAAAGCAAUGAUUUCACUCAUUGGUGUGGAACUGCAAUAUUGCAUUGGUUAGUAAUCGUGUGGGUAACUUGAAGGUUGCCAACCUUAGGGGACCCUGCAAUUUUUCUUCAGUGUAUUUGUGUUUUG